AUGAUGUACGCCGCUAUCCUUGCCACCCUCGCUGCCGCCGCCCCAACGCUCGCCACCACCCCUGGCGCGUGGUUCAAGUUCCCCACCGUGCCCGCCAAUGGGUUCGAGACCGUGUCCGCCAAGUACUGGAUCGACCCCAGCUCCAACUGGACGACAGGCUACUACGCCGCGACUCAGUGGAGCUUUCAGGGCGCCUGGCCCGAUGUUCAGUACUUUGGCCUGCAGCCGCGGUCGAAGGGAGACGGCACCACGACGGGACACCUCGUGUACUCCGUGUUCGGAAACGGCUCCCGUUCCAAGGUUGUGGAGAGGGGUGCCGACGGAAGCCGCCGUUGGAACGGCACCUUCAUCGACGACCAGGCCGGCAAGCGCACGCCCAUCGCGUCGUUCUGGACCGACGCGUCGUACGGUGGUCUGAGCGGCAGCGUCUCCCAGUGGCUCGAGUACUACCCCUUCAACGGCAUGAGCCCUCUGCCUUCCGAGCACCCGUGCCAGCCCAAGUUCCACAUUUACUACGGCAAGCCCAACAACUACAUCAGCCAGUGGACUCAGGACGGAUCCCUCGAGAUUACCGCCGGCAUCUUCUCGUAG